AUGGCGGCUCGGCCAGCACCAGAUAAGGAGGAACAGCCCCCCCCCUCCCCGCGCCGCCGCCGCCGCCACCGCCCCCCGCCCGCGCUGCGGCCCGGCCCGAAACGAAAAGACAAUUUACCCAUCACUGAGUCUCUGCUGUUUCCUCGCAUACAUUACCAUCAAUGCCCGGCCUGUGAGUGUGUGUCGGGGGAGGGGGAGAGCGGCCGCGAGAGGCGGGCGGGCGGGCGCGCAGGCGGCGGGCGGGCGGCAGCACCGGCACCAGGGCCCGGCGCGCCCUCGGCGACUCUCAGCACCUCCCCGUUAGUGGCGCCGGCGUUCCCGGGCCAUCUCCCUCCGCCGACACCACGCUCACUCUCAGCCCGGGCAGCGGCGCCAACUACACGGCGGCAGCGGCGAACCGGGGGGAGGGGGCAAGAAGACGCGUCCGGCUCAGCCCCGCGGAGAGCUACCGCCUCCUCCGCCUUCUCCUCCUCCUGCUCCGCCGCCUCCUCCCCUCCUCCCUCCUCCCCCCGUCGCCGCCGCUGCCUGGUCCUUCUCCUCCGCCUCCUGCCGCCGCCGCCGCCGCCGCUGGUGCCGCCGCUGCCGCUCCACCAACUACAUCCGGGCAACUCGGACGCCGCGGCCUUCGGAAAACCUCGGCAGUUUCCGCCGCGCCCCUCCUCUCCCACCCUCUGCCUGCCUCCCCGCCCCGCGCGGCUCCGGAACGCCGCCUUCGGCAAACCUCGGCCCGCCCCGGCCUUCCUCUUCCUCUGAGGCCUGGCUCGCCUCCUCGCUACCCGGCAGGUCUUUCCGGUUGCCGCUUCUUUUCCUCACACGCAAAUCUGGCCGCUGCUGUUCCAGUUUAGGGAUAGUCCCGCUCGGGGACCCGCUCGAGGCUGUUCCCGGGGGCUCCGGGAUGCGCGGGGAGGGAGCCGCCUUCGGGAGGAGGACGGUGGGGCGCGAGAGAAGCCAUCGCGGACUAAAUAAAGGAGUCUGCGGCUGCUGCGCGUGCGCCCAGAGGCGCGGGGGUGGGCGGGUGCCCUUGAGUGAGCUCUUCGGCCGCCGGCCCCCGCCCCUUCGGGCUCCGGCGGGGUGGUCGGACGCCCCCUCCCCCCCCACUCCCCGGUUAGGCGGCGGGCGGACGGUUACCAAGGAGCUUCCUCGGUUGGCAACGACAGCAGCCGCCCUCGGGGAGGUGGGGAGCGUGCCGCUGCUCCCUUUGGCCCGCUCCCGGGAGCCGGAACCCGGGCCUGGGCACCUGCCUCAGACCGGAAGCCGGGCGCGCGGCCGGCCUUCGGUGGGCAGGGGCUGCGCGGAGCUCGCCUGUCGACGCGCUAGAAGAACAGAUCAGUGUUCACAGUGACUUCAUAGAACUACCUCACAAAAUAAGAAUCAGUUAUUUACCAAAAGAUUCAUCCUCUUCUACUCCACUACCAAAUGUUGAAGUUCUCCAUGAGUCAGUCUCUUGUGGGUUAUGUCAACAAAAAUGUCCAUUAUGGAACUCCAGGGACCUGUCCCUCCACAUAAACAGCAAAUAAUUUGGCAGUAAUUGUCAAAAGCAAGUUUAUGUGAACUGGAAAUUAGUAAAAGGUUACAGUAACCAGGCAAACAUUUAAUCAAGAACAAAGUGGUAGAAUCGCAUUAGGAGAGUUUUGUGUUAUUUAAACUAACCCUAGCCCCAUUUCUUCAUCCCCAGUUCAGUGGCAGUUUUGAAGACAACAGCCUGCAUUUCUGGUGUAGGUUUCUGGUGCCAGAAGUAGCAAAAUGGACCUUGUUAUUGGAGAAUUGUAGUAGUUUAUUUUGACCUGUCUGGUGGCUCCCUGAAGGACUGGGGCAAGGGCUUGCCCUUAUUUUGCCUGAUGUGGAACUCUCCUGAGUCAAAGGUGACUACCGAGGGGAUGUUUGUCAAGAACAUUUAAAGGCAAGUUUAUUAGCUGCUGCUAGUUGGGGAAAGGAGUAACAGUUGGGGCAAACAAUAGACACAACAGAAGGCCUGGGAGGAAAGGCUGAAGAGUGAAAUACUUUGGAGAAUAAAAUCUUUGAAAAGCUCCUACAUAUUCCUUGGAAUCUAAAAGACUCCCUGGGGCAAAUGGUCAGAAAAAACCCUGCAAAUUUCCUAAAGUCUCACCUCUGGCUAAUGUUCAGGAUCUGCUCAGAUUUGCUUAAUGAAAUCUAAGAUUUAUAAAUUGCCCAUUUGGGUGAUAAAGUCAUGCUCCAACACACGCAAAGAGCCCUCUGAUAAAGCCUGGAAAUUGUUUUCUUCAUUUUUUGACUCUAGGCACUUAAGGAAAUCUCUGUUGAAUCACUAGCUGACCACUAAGCCAACAGAACAGAAAUUUCAGUGGUCACAAAUAAGGAAUACAGACUUCAUAAAGUUAGUUCAGAAAACUCAUUAAACAAACAAAAGCAACCACAGUAAGCAGCAAAAACAUUCCAGGGAGGAAGAAGAAUCUGAUUUCCGGACUUGCCACAUUGUAAUAAUCAAAGUGUCUAGUUUUCAACACAAAAUAACCAGGCAGAAAAAAAAAAAAAAAAAAAAAGGAAAGAAAAGAAAGAAAAAAAGCGUGACCAAUAUACAGGAAAAAAAAAAAAAAAAAGAA